CAGUUGGUCCUGGGGGGCUGCUACAGCCCCGCCCUCCGAGUCAGGGUCCCUCUCAGGAUGGAGAGCCCAGCUCCAACCCCUCGGUCCCGAAAUGCGGACCGCUCCUCCAUGUUCCGCUUCUUCCGUAGCCUGGUGGGGAGCAAGCGAGGCCUGAAGAGGUCCGAUGGGACCCUGCUGGGAGGUCAGGAGUGCCCCUCGCAAGAGCAGAUGAUGCACCGCCAGGGGAUCAGGGUCCACUUUGCCCAAGCCCUGGAGGUGGAGCAGAGGGCCACGGGGCCGCUGGGGGUCAGCCCUGAGGCCCUAGCCAUGGAGGAGCAGUGUCUGCUGGACGGAGAACUCAGGCGGGCUUCUUUGAAGGUGGGGGCAACUCCCUGGAACCACAUCCUCGCCUUGUACAAGCAGUUUCAGAAACUGGCCAUGGCCAAGUUGCCUCUCGAGGAGGAAAGUGAGGAAGAGGAAAUGGAGGAAGAGGACAGCUCAUUCAAGCUCUGUGUCCCAGUCACCUUCCAGUCGCCACUGCAUAAGACAUUUAGGCCAAUAGAUACAGUGGGCUUCGUGGAGUCAGAGUUAAAGAAGCUUCUGGUAGCACAGCAGGAGUCCCGCCGCCGGAAGAUGGGCAGCCAUGAGGGCUGGGAGCCACUGGUCCCGCCAGAGAUCACCCUGGAGGGCAUUAUGGGUGACCAGGGCCUGCUCCUCGAGGAGAUGGAUGACCUGGGGAACUGGCCUCCGAGCGAGUGAGGCGGUGCUGGCGUCUGCCCCACGGGCCGGCCCGGCCAGGGAGGCAGCCCUCUGCUUAGGAACAUCCCGGGGUUCCGGGCCAGGGUCCUGGAUAAAUGGUGCCCACCGUCCGCGGGUGGCUGCCAGCAGGCUGUCCCACGAUCGGACGUGGGCGGUGAGGUUUGAAUAAAGCCCAGUUUGACUCCGG